UUCUCUCGGCGGGUGAUGGCUGUCUGACAGCUUGACGAUGAUGGACGAACGUGUGUGUGUGUGUGCUGGCGAGCAGGAAGAUUGAGCGUGCACGCUCGGGAGUGACUGCAUGGCGGCUGUUGUGUGUGUGUGUGUGUGUGUGUCAUGCGGAAAGCAAGGUAGCUGCUGCUGCUGCUGCUGCUUUGGCUGCUGCUACGCCCUGGACGCCUGUCUGCUGUUGGGAUGCGUGAGCGAGGAAAGUAGCCGGGCCGGCAGACGGGCCGGCCGCCGGCCGGUUGUCUGCAGCCUCGUGUGCGCUGUCGCCUUUGUCUUUGUGCCACUGCCGUGUUCCCCCUCGUGGAUUUUUAUCACGCAGCUGAAGCGUGGUUUAGGUAGUUUCAUGUUGUUGGGGUUGGCUUCCUGACUCGGCAACAAGAAACUGCCUUGAUUACGUCAGUUCGUCUUCAUCAAGGGCACGAUUGCAAAAUGCAAGUGGGGAAGGAAUAUCGAGUGUGUGAGUGUGUGUGUGUGCGCGUGUGUGUGCGGAGACAAUUGCUUCCCUUGCUGCCGCUUUGUUGCAUAGUAGAGAGACAAGUUGUAAACAAAAAGCAUCCGCCAUUGAUGGACGGCUACUCGGACGGGGCUGGAUGUUUCAAAUCAAUAAUCUGUCUGAGGCUUUUCUCAUGUCAUAUUGGUGGCAGAAGUCACGCAGAAUUGCAACAGUGGGCUUGUUGGAGGACUUGGCCGUCAACACUCUCGUGUUAAACUCCUGACAGUAGUUCAGCAUUUUUCCCUUUCCAAAUCUGAAUGUAAAAAAAAAAAAAAAAAAAAGAUUUUUUUUCAUAUAUUUCAAAAUAUGCUUUUUUUUCACUUUUCUUAUUAGCACUUUUUAAUCGCUGUUGUUUUUAGCUAUUGUAAAGCACUUUGGCUAUUGUAAAGGGCUAUAUAAAUAAAAUUUGGUUGAUUAAAAUGAAAAGAUGCAGUUGUAUAGCCGAGGAUGCAUGCUAAAAUAAGAAAAUUCUAGAUGCAUGAUCAUUUCCCAUGUAGCAAGUAAAUCUAAAAGUAAGACAAUCAUUAAAAAUGUUUCUGGAUAUUUAUCCUUAUUAUCAUACACAAUUUUGAUCAAAUAGUUCAUCCAAAGGAAUUAUUUUAGUUCACAAUACAUUUAAUUGAUAAAGUCUGCAGCUCAUCACAUGAGCACCAACUCUUGCAAACUAUCUUACAUAAAAUAGGAAGAGUGUUUAUGAAGCCAGGCCGAGCGUCCCAAAUAGUUUAUAGAACGAACAAUUGUUAUUUCAACCUUCAUAUUAUGGCAUCAUGUUGAUGGCACAAUCACGCUGGCCGCCGUCUGUUCUUAUCCCCUCAUGUGCUCGAAGUAAAGUUCUUGCAAGCUGAGGGACAUGCAGUCUGGAAUCCAAAGUCACUUACAUUCACUCGGCUCAAUGGGCGGCCGUCUUCUCGUGGAAUGCAAAACUCACAAAGACUUUUACGGCGCGCAAACAGGUCGCCCUAAAACCAUAUAAACAUAAAGCAGCCCUUUCUUUUCACUUUGUAGUGGUGCGCAGACAGGAAGCCAAGCCCCUCGGACGCUCACUUCUUCCUCGGGAUACCGCCGAGGUGUGACGGACGGCAACAAUAUGAUGCGCAACAAACUCACGUUCGCGCAAAAUGGACAACGCGUCUAAACAUUGCAGCGCGACGCAAUUAACGCACUUGUUCGCAGAUCUAAAGACAGGCGGAUAAAUGGACAGACAGACGGACAGACAGACAGGCAGAGAGACGGACAGACGGACAGACAGACAGACAGACCGGCCGACCCAAAUUUGACUCACUCACUCACUCACUCACUCACUCACUCACUCACUCACUCACUCACUCACUCACUCACUCACUCACGCACGCACGCACGCACGCACGCACGCACGCACGCACGCACUCACUCACUCACUCACUCACUCACUCACUCACUCACUCACUCACUCAAUACCACUCAUAAAUUAGCACUUGAUGAUAUUCAGUAAUGGAAACAUUUAACUUAAUGUUACUACAAUAAGUUAACUCUACUAGAGAUUCUUGAAUUAUCAACACUUGAAAAACAUUUACUAAAUUAGCUUGAGUGUUUCAAGGCAAUCGGUUUCCUAGAUCUGUUCAAGUAAAGCCCACUUAUCAUUUUUUUCAGUGUAAUCUCGGUGAAUAAUCGAAAUUUAUUCGUAACUUUAUUUUUCUCGGUUUGGACAAAAGUGGUUUGCUUGAUGCUAAGAUCAUCAAGAUUGACUUUCCAAAUGAGCGACAAAGCAGUGACUGGUCAGUCGAUUUGUGAUAGGGGCUUGCUCUUGAGUUCCUUCUGACCCUCAUGAAAACCCUACUUCACGUGAUGCAUGAAUGAGUCGCUCUCUUUAGUCCAAACUAUCAUUUGAGGACUUCAGUCUACUUGCAUGUGCUAAAAUAAUAAUAAUAAUAAUAAUAAUAAUAAUAAUAAUAAUAAUAAUAAUAAUAAUAAUAAUAAUAAUAAUAAUAAUAUUUUCUUUUCUUGGACGACGAGCACGGCAAUGCCAUGGCUUUCUCAUGCACGUUCCCCGCAUAAACGAGCAACAAGCAGCCCCUACUCAACUUGAGCACUAAUGAUUUCAACAUGAAAACAUUUCGUGUGGCAAUGAGAAUGCACCCAACAUGCAUGCAGCUUUGUGCGUUGUCACACACUGCUGCGAUCAAGUCGACUGAAUCCGAAUGAGGCCAAUCGUUUGCACUCUUUCCAUGAAGGGAGGCAAUGAAUGACAAAAUGAUGCUGAUACGGAUGAAUAUGCACAAUCGUUUCACGCGCGCGUGCACGCUCCAUUUAGGUUCUUGCGCACUGCAGUUGUUUGAGGAUAUAUUUGCAUUAGUCGAGUGAUUGCAGAGGCAGAUUCGUUGCAUUGUCUCGUUGUUUUCUGUCAUUUGGACGCUCGAUGACGAACGUUUCAUCAUGUUUGUAAUCGAAGCUUUUGUGCCUUGUAUAGCAAAUUGGAAUAUGAAAUAUCAUCCGCCCGCUUUCAGCAUUAAAUGAACGGCAGUAAUAGGAAGUAAAUUAUUUAAUUGCAGGAAAGCAAAAUAAGUGCACACUUAUUCCAUAUCGAUGUGUGAUUUAAAUUAAGGGGGAAAAAAGGCGUUCCAAAGUAUCGAGAUACGCGCGCAUCACUUUCCACUGAGGCUUAAUGGCAGCAGCAGAAUAAACAGACGUAGACCUUCAACCUGCCCAACCAUCGCCCUCCUCCCCUCUUCCAAAAAAAGAAAAAAAAAACUUUGAAACGAUUUUAGGAAAUUUAGAGCGGGGACAUCUGGUGAAACGUUUGACUUCACCUGUACGCUCAGCAGAAAUGCUGUCUGGCCUUUUUACAUUUCAUGCUUGAAUCUGAACUCCAUAAAACACGCGCACGCACAUACACGCACGCACACACAUGCACACGCGCACAAAAGAUUCUGCGGUUGCUUUUUUCCAAUAAAUGUUAGCCAAGUUCCCUCGCUGCUCAUCUUUAAAAGUCGUCUUAAAACACAUUAUCAUUUUCUUGACUCAACGCGGGACUUGCUUUUGGUUUUUAAGUAUUUUUUACAGUCUGUUGUUAUUAAUUUGUUGUAUUUGUUUUAUCACGUUGUGGUUUGACAGUGCUCUAGAAAUACAAUUGUCGAUCAUAUUCCCUCUUCUCAUCUUGCAUCAUUCCAGAUCGUAUCGUUUCACAUUUGUGAAGAUGCGACGGAAUUCAAUACACAACUGAAUUCAAAUCUGAAUUGCGCAUGUGGACAAGUGUUUAGCUAAAAAUAAAAUCCAAACAUGAUAUUUAAAGCCACCCUCCAUCCCCGAUUAUUUAGCUGCAUAUUGCCCGAAAAAAAUAUUUUGGGGUCCGAAGCUGAGCCUUCCCUUCCUCCACGUACGCAUGCACAAAAUAAUCUCAGAUCGUCUGCAAGCGGAGUGAAAGUUAAAAUUAAACUGAAUGACACCGUUAUUUUAAUUGCAGCCUGCAUUGCAGCGCGUUAGCUUACCGAUCCAAGCUACGUGACACUAUCGCGGGAUAAAGCCGUCAAAUUGACGACAUGUCGUGCACGGCCACAUGAGCCCCCUUUGAUGGGCAAGAGACAAUUUCUCGUCUUCUUCAUCUUCAUUUCUUUUCUCUCCCCCUUAAGGAACUGCAAUGUCCUCGGCCUUUGCGUGUGCGUGCAUGUGUGUUUUUGCGUGUGUGCUCGCGCGUGCGGUGCGUGCGUGCCACAAAAUAGUUUAGUCGGUUUUGAUGUCAAGCUCGGGACUAUACUGGCUUAUUAACGACACGUUUAUCAACAAUCAAAUGGUCGUCGUUAAAAUUUAUUGGUAGGCAUUAAAACAUGAACGGCCACUAUGUGAAACGUGGCCGCGCUCGUGGGCUGCCUGUCAACAAUGUCGAGACCCUCUUCUCUUCACCACUGCAGUCUCCCCUGAUCCCCAUUUUAGGAAAUGUCUUUGGGUCCUGUUGAAAACAGCGCUAACUAGAUUGUGCGCAUCCCGAUGUCCGCCGUCACAAUUCCUCUCUUUGUCUCCUGUCAACACCGCCCUCCUUGUAAAAAAACAAAUAAAUAAUAAAGAGUGUCAUAGGCCUAAUUGCCGAUAACGAGCGGCUAAAAAGAGGCUCUUGCACAUCUUAAGUUGCAAUAUUAUUCACUGCGGUGGUGGAUUUUUGAGCCGGGCAGAGAUUGAUGACACCGUCAAAUAGUGCCAAGCUCAGCUUCAUACGCAGGGUGCGCAUGUAUCUGCACUGCGUCUGCACAAAGAUCCUCCUUGAGCACUGCUCGCCAUGUUUUAGUCCCCGCACUUCAAGAAAAAAAACCACAGCUACCCACAGUAGUUGGAGUAGUCACUCGUUUACACGAAAGCGUCCGCUCGGAAAACUUCUUUAGUCCGAUUAAAGCGCAAGGCUGUCCCGCGGCAAGUGGCGCAUUGAUCCGCCGUGGAAAAUUUCGAGGGGUAAAUACAGUCACGUGACGCAGGGGCAGCCAAUGGGAGGCAGCGGAGCUCGGAGAAAUAAUUACCUGCCGUGAUUGUUCUAUGGGCAGAUAAAAAAAAAAGUACGCAUACAGGCCAUAUAAUAAUCGGAUGCAUGUAAACGAACCCGGGAAGCUUCGACAUGUCGACCACGGGGCCCAUUAGUAAUUAUUACGUGGACUCCCUGAUCAGCCACGACAGCGAUGAGGUCCUACACGCAGCCGCGGCGGCAGCGGCUACGGCGGCUGCGGCGGCGGCGGCGGCUGCGCGCUUCUCGGCAUCCGCCUCGCACCCUUCCGGCCCCGCACGUCCCUCGUCCCUGCAGGUCGCGGAUUGCUCAGGCGACUAUCCGUCGUGCAGUUUCGCCGCCAAACCGGCCGUGUUCCCCAGCUCGUGGGCACCCUCGCAGUCGUCGGUGCAGGUCUACCAUCAUCCGUACCAGGCUCACUUGGGCACAGCAGCGGACUCGCGCUACGUGCGCUCGUGGCUGGAGCCCAUUUCGGGCGCGGUGUCGUUUCACGGCUACCCGGGGCACGGCAGGCACUACGCCUUGAAGCCCGACGCCUUCUCGGAGCACAGAGCCGCCGCCGAUUGCCUGGCGAACACCGGGCGGACCUACACGGAUUAUCUUUACUGCUCAUCGUCGGAGGUGCGGGACAAGACGCAGCAGAGCCUCCCGUCGCCAGAAUCGGAGGUGCUGGCUGCGGGCAGGCAGAAAGACGAGAAACCCGAGCUCGACCCCAAUAACCCGGUGGCAAAUUGGAUCCACGCUCGCUCCACCAGGAAGAAGCGCUGCCCGUACACCAAGUACCAGACUUUGGAACUGGAGAAGGAAUUUUUAUUCAAUAUGUACCUCACCAGGGACCGCCGCUAUGAGGUAGCCCGAGUCCUCAACCUGACCGAGAGGCAGGUCAAAAUCUGGUUCCAGAACCGGCGGAUGAAGAUGAAGAAAAUGAACAAGGAGAAAAGCGACAGCAAGGAGCAAUAAUGUCCGAGCUUGACCAAGAUAUUGAACAGCACCCACGCAGCCAACAAAAUCCGCACCUCGUGAAAUGUAUCAUUUGCGAUCUCCAUUAACGGACUGACUCAUGCGGGUGUUUUUUCUAUGCAAAUCGCUGUCCUGGUCAUUUUUUAAAGAAAGGAAUGAAGACAAAGCAAUUUCAACUUUGACGAAGCAAUUUCAACAUUGACACUUAAAAAACGUUUUUUUUUUUUUUAUUAGGGCAAUGAUCAAAGUACAAUUUGGACACGUCGUAGCGCUCCAGAGUGAGAGAAUACUUGAAAAAAACUUCCGUAUUUCAAGUUGGAGGUGGAGUAUUUUGUACAGGUUUGAAACAUCUGCAAACAUUUGUUUGUCUUGUUUGUAUUUUUGUGAUAGUUGUUUUGUCUUUUUGCGACUGUAUUGAAAUGUAGAGUGUAGACGGAGAUCUACAAAUAUAUAUAUAAAAAAACGUAAUCACCCAAAUCAAUUGUGUUCUGUUUUGAUUAUCGGGAUCUUGCGUAUUUAAACAUUUAGAGGCUGGAAUAUACACAAACGCACGCACACACACACGCACACGCACACACACACACGCACACACUAUUA